AUGGCUCUCCAGGACCAGGGGGGUUGUCCAGAAAGCCUGCAGGAUUGUGGCUCUCCAGGACCAGGGGGGUUGUCCAGAAAGCCUGCAGGAUUGUGGCUCUCCAGGACCAGGGUUGUCCAGAAAGCCUGCGGGAUUGUGGCUUUCCAGGACCAGGAAAUCACCCAGAGAGAUGCCUCACGCUGGGAGCUUAAUAGAGGCAGCAAACUGGCUCUGCGGGCACGGCAGCAUGGCGGCACGGUGCAGAUUGCCAGCUCUCACUAUUGCGGCUGGUGCAUCGCAAGAGCCUGGGGUGGGCGCGGGGUUACCACUCUGAACAGCCUGGUCUCAAAAGCUCUUUCAAUAAACGUCAAGAGGUUCAGAAAUGAGCAGCUGCAAGUGGCUCCCGUACCAAGAACAGAGACAGUGAAGUGGAAGAGGACGUGUCACAAACUGCAGGCAGGAACGAUGCUGAUCCUGAGUCCCAGGAAUCAUCCUCUUGAGAGGCUGAAGAUGCCCACCCUGAAUCUGCUGUGGUUUCUCACUCCACCUCGAAGGGAAGAGGUGGAAAAAGCAGACUCUCCCCACCGGCCCGUUGCUUCUCAAGUCAAACGAUGGAAAUAUAACAAGGGCAGCAUCUCCACGUUUGAGGCUUCUCUCUGUUGGCUGUCAGAAGAACUCCUGGAGAUACCCACAAUGCCCUUCAGUAGCACCCAGCCUAAUCCUUCCCUCAACUUUGAGGACCCCGCCUCCUGCAAGGCCAGCCAAUCACAAGACUCUCCUCAGGGUUCCUCGCUGGCCUGUGAUGACCCAGAGGCUCCCACACCCCCAGAGGAGGACCCCUGGGCGAUGCCGGAGCUCCAACAAACAGGACCAUCCUGGGGAGAGCUGAACUGCGCUGGGAAGCUGCGUCGCGUCUUCAUGGGCACCCUGAAGGGGGUGCUGCUCUUGGGGUUCCUCUACUUCUUCAUCUGUUCCCUGGACGUGCUCAGCUCCGCCUUCCAGCUGGUGGGAGGCAAGGUGGCAGGGGAUAUCUUCAGUGACAAUGCAGUGCUGUCGAACCCGGUGGCUGGGCUGGUGAUUGGAGUGCUGCUCACAGUCCUGGUACAGAGCUCCAGCACCUCCUCCUCCAUCGUCGUGAGCAUGGUGUCUUCUGGGAUGUUGACUGUCAGAGCCUCCAUUCCCAUCAUCAUGGGCGUCAAUGUGGGCACCUCGGUCACGAGCACCCUGGUCUCGCUGGCACAGUCCGGAGAUCGCAACGAGUUCCGCAGAGCCUUUGGAGGUUCGGCCGUCCAUGGGAUUUUCAACUGGCUGACCGUCAUCGUGGUCCUGCCAAUCGAAAUCAUCAGCGGCUACUUGUUCUACCUGACCAAUGCCAUCAUCAGCAGCUUCAACAUCCAAUCAGGGAAGGAUGCGCCCGAAAUCCUGAAGGUCCUGACUGAGCCCCUGACUCUGCUGGUCAUCCAGUUAGAAUGGUGUCUCAUUGGGGAUUUUAAGGGUCAUGGGUUGAGCUGUGUUGUUUGCUUUCUCUUGCAGCUGGACAAGAGCGUCAUUUCGUGCAUCUCCACAGGAGACCCUGAGUGCAAGAACAAGAGCCUGAUCCUCAACUGGUGCAAAUUCCAGGAGACAAUGGUACGUACCUGCCUGCUGAAACCAAGGGCGUGGAGUGUGUGCACCCUUGCUGACGGGCUGUCCUGCGUUGUGCUUCUUGUCGUGCAGGUUCUGAAGAACGUCUCGGUGACUAACAUGACUGAGUGUGACAGCUACCAGUGCUUCACCACGGAGAACGAGACCCUGGUGCUGAAAAAUGUCUCAGAGAAAGUCAACCUGCAGCUUUGUCACCAUGUCUUUGUGAACACCCCCCUCUCUGACCUCGCGGUGGGAUUCAUCCUGCUCUUCGGCUCCCUGCUGGUCCUGUGCACCUGCCUGGUGCUCAUCGUCAAGCUGCUGAACUCCGUCCUGCAGGGGCAGAUCGCCCAGGUCAUCAAGAAGGUGCUAAAUUCAGACCUGCCAUACCCCUUUGGCUGGGUGAAUGGCUACCUGGCCAUCCUGGUUGGUGCGGUGAUGACCUUCAUCGUCCAGAGCAGCUCCGUGUUCACCUCUGCCAUCACCCCGCUCAUAGGAAUGGGAGUGAUCAGUCUGGAGCGCGCUUACCCGCUGUGCCUGGGUUCCAAUAUCGGGACCACGACCACUGCCCUGCUGGCAGCUCUCGCCAGCCCAGGAGAGUCGCUUGGGAACGCUUUGCAGGUGGCUCUGACCCACCUCUUCUUCAACAUGUCUGGGACCCUGCUGUGGUAUGUGGUGCCUGUGCUAAGGCUGCCCAUCCCAAUAGCCAGAGUCUUCGGUGACAUCACGGCGAAGUACCGCUGGUUCGCUGGGCUCUACGUGCUCCUCAGCUUCUUCCUCCUGCCCCUCUUCGUGUUCGGGCUGUCUCUGGCGGGCUGGCCGGUGCUGCUCGGGGUGGGGGGUCCCAUCCUGCUCCUCGUUGUCUUCGCUAUAGUGGUGACCUUCAGCCAGCGCCGCUGCCCCCAGUGUCUGCCCUCCAGCCUCCGCACAUGGGACUUCCUACCCAGCUGGGCUCACUCCUUAGAACCCUGGGACCGCCUGCUCUCCUCCUGCUGCGGGUUCUGCUGCCGGUGCCAAUGCUGUCGCCAGGGGCAACAGAGCGCCAAAGAGCUGCAGGUGUAUGAUAACCCAACAGUCUUGCACUUGGUGGAGCUGUAAGAGAAACUCAACGGCUCCCUCCAGAGGAA